AUCGAUCAAUCAAGAGAGAGAGAGAGAAGAAAGAGAGUGCGUGUAUUAUCAGAUGAGAGAAAUCAACAUAUUGCGGGCGAUCCUAAUCUCGGGCUAUAGAUGAAGAACGAAAGAUCUGACUAGAUCCAUCUUUAACUCUCUUUCAUUUCUUCCGCGUCUUGUUCUUACUUCUACUUACUUGCAUCUGUGAUAAAUGAUACAACUUUCAUCCUAUCGGUGAGAGUUUGUGUUUUUUGAUCAGUUGCGGUUACAUAUUCUAGGGUUUUGUUGGUGUUUCGUCAUUUCUUGAAGGAAAAAGCUAGGUUAUCGAGGAAUCUGCGAGAUCUUGAUUUAGGGUUUGGUGAAGAUUUGUCUUUUGGUUCGUUCUUGCUGCUGGGUUUGUGCGAUUGCAUGCUGUUUUGGCGUUGUUUGUGCUUUGGUGAAAAAGAAGAAGAAAAAGUUGAGGUUAAAGAAGAUAACGUAAUGAGUAAGGCGUCGUCUGACGAAGGUGAGCUAAAGUCUGAGGAUAUGGAAGAGGAUGAGGCUGAGUCGAUGAUGUCUGGGUUCCCGUUUGGGAACGUUCAGGAUUUUGAUGGGUCGAUGGUACAUUCUAGUGAUGAUGGUGGACAUGGUAGUUUGCGAAUUUUAUCAAUUCGUAGCAAUCCUAACAUGAGCUUGGGUCUUGGGUUAUCUUCAGUGGCAUCUUCAUCUUCUUCUUUAGGGGCGAUGGUGGUCAGAGGGGAAUCUGAUGGCAACCCUCUCAAUAAACGUCCUAAAGUUAAUCGUUUUCCAAUGCAGAAUAAAGAGUCUUUCGUAGUUUUUGGAGAUAGGGAUAGUCCCCAUUCAGCUACAACGAUCACAGAUGCGGAGGAUGGUAAUCUGACAGACCGCAGAUUUGACAACUUCUCCUUUAAGGAUAUCACUCUUCUCUCUCCCAUGUUUGGUGGUAGUAGAGAACAUCAUAUUAAUGCUGUGGAUGAGAGUGAUGAUCAAGGAUUUGAAGAUUUUAUAACCAGAAUGGAUCUUACUGAUGACUUAUUGCAUAUGGUAUUUUCUUUCUUGAAGCAUGUUGAUCUUUUCCGGGCAGCUAUGGUUUGUAGACAAUGGCGUUCUGCUAGUGCCCAUGAAGACUUUUGGCGAUAUCUUAAUUUUGAGAAUCGUAACAUAUCUCUUGAACAAUUUGUGGGUAUAUGCCAAAGGUAUCCAAAUGCCACUGGAGUGAAUAUUUGUGGUGCCCCUGCUGUUCACAACCUUGCAAUGGUAGCUGUUUCAUCAUUAAGGAAUCUGGAUACAUUAACUGUGGGCAAAGGACAAUUAGCUGAACCCUUUUUCCAAGCUUUGACAGAGUGCUCUGCUUUAAGGAACUUGACCAUUAUUGACGGAAGUCUUGGCAAUGGAAUUCAAGAAAUACCGAUAUACCAUGAUCGAUUGAAACAUCUUCAGAUUGUGAAAUGUCGUGUGCUUCGAAUUUGUGUCAGGUGUCCCCAGCUUGAGACGUUAUCUUUGAAGCGUAGUACUAUGGCACAUGCUGCACUCAACUGUCCACUCUUGAUUGAUCUUGAUAUAGCCUCUUGCCAUAAGCUCUCAGAUGCUGCUAUUAGAUCAGCAGUAAUAUCAUGCCCACUUUUAGAGUCUCUAGAUAUGUCAAAUUGUUCAUGUGUUACUGAUGAAACUUUGCGUGAACUUGAACCUCAUUGCGCCAAUCUUCAUAUCCUUAAUGCAUCUUAUUGCCCCAACAUCUCACUUGAGUCUGUAAGAUUGCCAACAUUAACAGUUCUUAAGCUACAUAGCUGUGAGGGAAUAACAUCUGCUUCAAUGGCUUCCAUUUCACAUAGUCAUAUGUUGGAGGUAUUGGAACUGGAUAAUUGCAAUUUACUAGCAUCAAUUACCUUGGAUCUUGGACGCCUUCAGAAUAUACGUCUUGUGCACUGUCGAAAGUUUACAGAUCUAAAUUUGCGUAGCAUAAUGUUGACAUCUAUAACUGUGUCAAACUGUCCUGCCCUGCAACGUAUAAGCCUCGCAUCUAAUAUGCUCCAAAAACUAGUUCUCCAGAAGCAAGAGAGCUUAACCACUUUAGCACUUCAAUGUCAGAGUUUGCAAGAAGUGGACCUUACUGAUUGUGAAUCCUUAACAAACUCCAUAUGUGACGUUUUCAGUGAAGGAGGUGGAUGUCCUAUGUUAAAAUCGCUAGUUCUUGAUAACUGCGAGGGCUUGACAGCGGUUGUAUUCCGCAAUUCUUCAUUGGUCAAUCUUUCUCUUACUGGUUGUCGGGCUGUUACUUCUCUUCAGCUAGCAUGUGCUCAUCUUGAGAAAGUCACCUUGGAUGGUUGUGACCAUCUCGAAACAGCAUCAUUUUGCCCUGUUGGUCUUAGGUCACUUAAUUUAGGCAUAUGCCCGAAGCUUAGUCUACUUCAAAUUGAAGCUCCAAGUAUGCUGUUGCUCGAGUUGAAAGGAUGUGGAGUACUGUCUGAAGCAUCGAUUAAUUGCCCGAUUUUAAACUCUCUCGAUGCUUCAUUUUGCAGUCAACUAAAGGACGACUGCCUGUCUGCAACAACUUCUGCAUGCCCUCUCAUUGAAACCCUGGUAUUAAUGUCAUGUCCAUCUAUUGGCCCUGAUGGCUUAUCUUCCCUGUGCCUGCUUUCACGUUUAACCUCACUUGAUUUGUCAUACACUUUCUUGGUGAGCCUGCAUCCUGUUUUCGAGUCCUGUUCGAAGCUAAAGGUCCUGAAAUUACAAGCAUGCAAAUAUCUUACCGACUCAUCAUUAGAGCCUCUUUAUAAAGGCGGCGCCCUUCCUAACUUAAGCGAGUUGGAUUUAUCAUAUGGGACCCUUUGUCAGUCUGCAAUAGAUGAACUUCUAGCUUUCUGUACUCAUCUCACACACUUGAGCUUGAAUGGAUGCGUAAAUAUGCACGAUCUGAACUGGGGCUUCAGUAGCAGCCGUACAUUUGAUUCUAGUGUACCGAGUUUGGGCAGCAGCAGUUCAAAUGCCCUAUCUCCACAAGAUGAUAGCUGCUUGUCGAACCUUCAGCCAAACCGGUUGCUCCAAAACCUUAACUGUGUUGGCUGCUCAAACAUUAAGAAAGUUCUCAUUCCUCCUGCAGCGUGUUGCUUCCAUUUAUCAUCGCUAAAUCUCUCUCUCUCUGCUAACUUGAGAGAAGUUGACGUGACUUGUUUGAACCUAUGUUCUCUUAACUUGAGCAACUGUUACUCCUUGGAAGUUUUAAAACUAGAGUGUCCUAAGCUGGCUAGCCUAUCUCUUCAGUCUUGCAACAUUGACGAAGAAAUGGUUGCAGCAGCUAUUUCAGGCUGCAGUAUACUGGAGACUCUUGAUAUCCGCUUUUGCCCAAAGUUGUACUCAAUGAGCAUGGUGGGACUAAGGGCUGCAUGUCCUAGCUUGAAACGCGUUUAUAGCAGCAUUUCGUCAUCGUGAUUUGGUUUUGGUCUUUCUCGGGUGCUCUUCUUCCUUCCCUCCUUUUAUAUCGUAAAAGUGGCGCGGUUUUAGCCUUCAAUGGAUUGUGUUUGUUAUGAGUGUUUUUUCUAGGGCACAGCUUAUUACUUAGCCCCAUAAUAUAUGCAGUCUUGCACUGUGUGUUUGUUAGGGUAUAUUACUCUAUUAUGCACUUUAUUCUAGUUUUAUGCAAUUUGCACAAUAAGAAUCUAUAUUUAUAUA